AUGUCCAACCUACCACGUCCGAACACAAGCACAUCGUCGCGACUUAGCACAAUGCCCUCUCAAAAGCCCCGCCAAUUAUCGCACCUUCACGCCCAACUCGCGCAGUUGACCGCGAAUGUGUCCGAUUUGGAGAAUCUGGUACGAAUGACGGCUGUGCAAGCACAGAGUAUGCGAGGCCUCGGUGGCUAUUCUGGCGGAAUGUUCAUGGCGGCGAGUAAAGUCUUAGGAGAAGAGACUGUGAGGGGAGGA